GGCAGGGCAGGGCAGAGCAGGAGCAGCAGCUGCUGCUGGACCUUCUUCGUCGUUCGCUUUUGGUGCUGCGUUCUGCCGCUCUCCAUAUAUCGAUCGGUCGAUCGGCCUAAGGAACGGGCUAGGCUGGCAGGAAGGAAGGAAGUGCGGGAGGAGCUUUAUGAGACUCCAAACCUGAGGAGGUGCAAAGCUCGUCGGAAAAUCGUCAAUCUGUGUGCACUUCGCCCCAGUCGCGCGUGUCUUUCGUGUAGGCUUCCGUGAUGGGGACGUUGGGCCGCGUCUUGUACACUGUGGGUUUCUGGGUGCGCGAGACCGGACAGGCGGUGGAUCGUCUUGGUUCUCGGCUGCAGGGUCAUUAUGCCUUCAAGGAGCAAUUGUCGAGGCACCGAACUCUCAUGAACAUAUUUGACAAGAAGCCUGAGAUCUCAGACAACGCCUUCGUCGCUCCCAGUGCGGCUGUAAUCGGUGAUGUUCAGAUUGGUGAAAGAUCAUCAAUCUGGUACGGCUGUGUGCUGCGAGGAGAUGUGAACUACAUCCGUGUCGGAUCGGAGACGAACAUUCAGGACAACACCCUUGUUCAUGUGGCGAAAACAAACGUCAGUGGAAACGUUGCUCCCACCAUUAUUGGCGACAAAGUUACCGUUGGGCACAAUGCUGUCUUACACGCAUGCACUGUGGAAGACGAAGCGUUCGUCGGAAUGGGUGCAACUCUCUUAGACGGUGUUGUGGUUGAAAAGGGGGCCAUGGUCGCUGCUGGAGCUCUCGUCACUCAGAACACUCGUGUCCCUGCAGGACAGGUUUGGGCGGGUAACCCCGCAAGGUUUUUGAGGAAUUUAUCGGCUGAGGAGCGAGCUUUUAUUGGGAAGUCAGCCGACAAUUACUCAGGGUUAGGAGCCACGCAUGCCGAGGAGAAUGCAAAGAGUUUUGAGCAGAUUGAAGGAGAUAUUGAGCGCCGUAAGAAAGUCGCACAACAAAGUGAUGACUACGAUUCUCAUCUUGGCAUUGUACGAGAAAAGCACCCCGAUUUGGCUUUCAUGGACAAGUCUGGCUCCAAGGGUCCCCACUGAUUAUCCCAUUCCCAACUUUGGGAGUUAUGCAGGUACCAAUAGUUAAAUGCUUGCUUCUGUCCACUGUAAUAAACCGGUCAUCAAAUGGGACUUGGUCUAUUCAAUCCAUCCAUUCUGUUUCUCUAAGAGUGGAAGCACCGCUCUGUUUUCAGUUUUGGUAAAAAGUUAUGACUCCAGAUUUGACUAUGCAAGGAGAUAUGUCUCCGGUUAAAAGGAUCGCUUAAAUUUGCAAGUUCUUGUCGUGAGUUGCGGGAUACAAAGCUCUGAGGAGCUCGGCAAGUGUGCUUCGACAGGAAACAUUUCUAGUUACUCAGAAGGUUCUUUCUUGCUUUUUUGUGGUCGAAGAACCAAAAUUUUAUUGGACGAAUGUUGUGCAGCUCUUAUUUCGCUCUUAUUUUGGAGGCAUCUUUUUCAGAUCCCCUUGAGAUCCAGUUGUAAUAACGAACUUGGAAAGACCAAGUCCGGACUGUCCCGUUGGUUCAGUAGUUUCGGGGAACAAAAUAUAAUCCACGAUAAGCACAAGUAUUGUGACGUUGAGCCAAGGUUUUGUCGUAAACGGCAUCAAUAAGAGUUGUUGGCAGAUGACAUCCCCAAGAGUCAAAGGUAGCUCCGACUGGGGAGGUGAGCCAGUUUGGAUAUCUGCAUAUUGAAAGCGACCGCACUGUUAGGCGGUUGCAUUUUUCCCCAUGCUGAGCUGGUUACCUCUCUUUCUAGUGUCUUAGACCUGAAGCUUAUCUUGUCGUGUAUGAAUUAUCUGUCAGUUUCUCAGUCGCGUUAGAAUUUUGCCCAAGGUCAAAGUUGAAGGAUUUGGUUCAUCAAAUUACUCAAGCUGAAAAGGCGCACAUAGCGAACUGUGAAGUG